AUAUCCUCGGCAGAGUGCAGUUUAGAGAGAGUGUGAGGGAGUGGGAGAGGUGUAGGGAGAGAAAGAAAAAGAAGAUGCCGGCUGGACAUGGUUUGCGAUCGAGGACGAGAGAUUCGUUCUCUCGGGGGUUCCGCAAGAAGGGGACCAUACAUCUGACGACCUACCUGAGGACGUAUCACACCGGUGACUACGUCGACAUCAAGGUAAACGGCGCCGUUCACAAGGGUAUGCCACACAAGUUCUACCAUGGCCGUACUGGACAGGUCUGGAAUGUCACGAAGCGCGCCAUCGGUGUCGAAGUUAACAAGCAGGUUGGUAACAGGAUAAUCAAGAAGAGAAUCCAUGUGCGUGUGGAGCAUGUUCAGCCCUCUAGGUGCACAGAGGAAUUCAAACUGAGGAAGAAGAAGAAUGAUCAACUGAAGGUGGAGGCAAAGGCAAGAGGUGAGGUUGUUAGCACGAAGAGGCAGCCGGAGGGCCCUAAACCUGGCUUCAUGGUUGAAUGCGCAACUUUGGAAACUGUAACUCCAAUCCCCUAUGAUGUUGUCAAUGACCUUAAGGGUGGUUACUAGGUUAAGCUUGUUCUGGAUUUAUUUCUUUUUCUUAUGGCCUUCUGUUGUGAAAGACUGGAUUCAGUCAAGCAGAGGGGUUCUUUAUAUUGUUAGCUAAGAAUCUGGUUUAUGCGGAUUUUAUUUCAAAUGAGAGAUAUUUUUCUUGAA